AUGGCUACAAACUUCAAGAUUUCUCUGCACUGUCGUUCCAAGAGUGAGCCCUUUGCACCUAACCCUUUUACACUGCAGCUUGAGGAGAAUUUACAGAGAUUCAAGUCUUCUGAAGCAAGCUCAUCAUCAUCAUCAAUAGUAUGCCAAAAUCUCAUUGGCUUGCAGGACUUGCAUAACAGCAUUAACGAGGCGCUUCAAUUGCCAAACACUCAACAAGCCUUAGCUCGAGGAUGCCGCGAAACACUGGUUGAUGAACUGCUAUCUGUAAGACUCUUGGAUUUCUCUGGUGCUGCCAAAGAAGCACUCUUAGAAUCAAAGGAAACCAUAAAAGACCUCCAAUCUAGUAUUCGCCGGCGAAGAGGUGGUGAAGUAGUGGUCCCCAUGGAGAAAUUCUUGUCAUGGAGGACGAAGGUGAAGAAGGCAACCCGAAAGACCUUAGAAAAUUUGAAGGGAAAUAAGAAGGACAUCGCUUUAACUUCUUCAGACGAAGAAUGUGAUGAGUCUGUGCCUAUGAUCAGAAUCUUAAAAGAGACAGAACUCAUCACUUUGAGCCACCUUCAGUCUUUGUUAUCUUUUAUCUGUGGCUCAGUUGGACGAUCCAAGCAUAGUAAAUGGUCAAUAGUAUUCAAGUUGAUGUGGCCUAAAAGAGUGGCUUGUGACUAUGAAAGAGCAAACACGAGUGAAUUUGAAAACUUGGAUACAACACUCGAGUCUCUUCUGCGUCACAAGCAUUGCAGUGUUGUUUCUAUUGAGAGUUUUCAAAGUCAUUUGGAAAAUUUGGAAUUGGCUUUGCGGGAUCUGGAGGAAGGAAUUGAUAAUCUUCAAAGGGGAUUGAUCAGAAUUAGAGUCUCUCUUCUCAACAUCUUCAACCAUUGA